ACAAAUCACAGCAACUCAUGUCGGCCAAAAUCCCACCCUCUCUACCGUACACGUCUCUCUCUGCUAUGCAUACGAAUUCAGCUAGUCGAUCAAGGGUUUAAGUAUAUAUUAGAUCGAUCGCGCGCAGAACAAAGUUUCCAUAUGAUCAUUAUUCAACUAUUUGCCAGCUAACUCAUUUAGCAGAGAUAGCUAUAAGCAAAAGAAUGGCUUCAAUUUUGCCUCCGGAAAAUCUUUGCUUUUCUUAUUGGGCAGGGCUAUUCGUGUUAACUGCCUUAACAUUCCUGGUUUAUCAGAUUAUGAAGCCCCUGCAGUACUACUCUCAACAAGAACCAAAGGUUGAUAUUCCUCCAGGAAGUCGAGGAUUACCAUUGAUCGGAGAGACCUUACACUUCAUGGCUGCCAUUUAUAGUGGCAAAGGGUUUUAUGAGUUUGUCAGAUUGCGCCGUCUCCGAUACGGCAAAUGCUUCAAGACCAACAUAUUUGGGGGGACGCAUGUCUUUGUGUCGAGCACCAAGUCAGCUAAGGUAAUUCUAAACAAUGACUCGGGGAAAUUCGGGAAGAGAUACAUAAAAUCUAUUGCGGAGCUAGUGGGAAAUCAAAGCUUGCUUUGUGCUUCACACCAACACCACAAACUACUUCGUGGCCAAUUGGGCAGUUUGUUCUCUACAAAUUCUCUGUCAGUGUUCAUCAAACAGUUCGAUCAACUCAUUGUUGAAGCUCUAAAAGGCUGGGAACAUCAAAGCACUGUGGUUAUACAAGAUGAAGCGCUCAAGAUAACUUGCAAAGCAAUGUGUAAGAUGUUGUUAAGCGUGGAAAGUGGAUACGAAUUAGAGGUGUUGCAGAAGGAGGUAGCUCAUGUUUGUGAAGCUAUGCUUGCAUUUCCUCUGAGGUUUCCCGGGACUAGAUUUAACAAGGGCCUUCAGGGGAGGAAGAAAAUCAUGCUCAUAAUUGAUAAAGCAAUGAGGGAAAGGAGAGGAAGAAGGUUAAGGGCUGAUGAAGAUGAUUUUCUACAACAAAUUUUGAGAAAUGAAGCAGGUGGCAAUGGGCUAACAGAUGAAGAGGUCAAAGACAAUAUAUUAACCAUGGUAAUUGCAGGUCAAGAUACUACAGCCACAGCAGUGACCUGGAUGGUCAAAUUCUUAGGUGAAAAUCCGGAGGUGCUUCACAAUCUUAUGAAAGAACAACUUGACUUGUGGAGAAAAACUUCGUCAAAGUCAUUUUUAACACUGGAAAGUAUUAACGAGAUGCCGUUUGCUUCGAAGGUAGUGAAGGAAUCCCUAAGGCUGGCCUCGAUCGUGCCUUGGUUCCCAAGACUAGCUCUUGAGGAUUGCGAGAUGGAAGGAUUUAGGAUCAAGAAAGGGUGGAAUGUAAAUGUUGAUGCUAAAUCGGUACACCUUGAUCCGACGGUGUACAUCGAUCCCGGCAAGUUCAAUCCCUCGAGGUUUGAUGAUGAAUAUUCAAAAGGAGGACACAGCAGGUUCUUAGCUUUUGGGAUGGGAGGGAGGACAUGUUUGGGGAUGAACAUGGCUAAGGCUAUGAUGCUGGUUUUUCUUCACCGUCUCGUCACUACUUACAGGUCACUACCUGUCAACUUCUUCAGUUUAUCGUUGUCAUUGAAUUUGAGACCUAUCUACUAUUCAAUAAUCAACAUGAAAUAUUGGAAUGUCAAAAUGAUUCUGGAGGAAACUAUAAGAAAUUUAUACUAGUCAAGGUUUGAUGGCGUUGGUGUAUGUUUGUUCUUUCAUGCUUAUGGACAAUGGCUGAGCCACAAAGCGAUGGAGUAGAGUGUUCAUUUUACUUCUAAAAAAUAAAUUCUUGUUGUUUGAUGAAAUGCUUCAAAGACCAAUUUCGUAAAAUUCAUGUUUGAUGUUGAGAAACAUUUUGAAUUUUAUAUCCCAAACCUACUAGCUUUUUUAAAAAAAAAAAAAAAAAAAAAAACCUUAGCCCCCCUUCACCCUUACAUAUGUCAGUUAGAAUCGAACCUAUAACCUUUACAAUGUUAGAAUUAUAAUUUAACCUACAAGUUCUUAUUCUAACAAAAUUUAAUUAAAGUCAUGCUAUCAUUAUCGCUCAAUAUAAAGCUCGCUUUGGAGCAACUAUAUAACACUAUGAGAACUAUCAAA